AUGGAGUCGUCCAGCAACGCCGAAGGGUGCAUGGGCCAAUGCACCGGCUUCAUGCGCACCCACAAGGGAAUGAUCCUGCUGGCCGAAAUAGUAAGAGGGCGCGCACGGCGGGAGGGAUGGCGCGAUCUGCAAAGGAGGCGGGGGGCGCCCAGGGCAGGAGACUGGGGGGUCCCUAACUUCGCGGGGCGGCGGACGCUGCGCUUUGCCCAGAAAACUUCUUUCUCGCGUUUCCAUAACCCAGUUCCCUCCGGGCCCCACGUCCAGCAAAUCGACGAAGUUCAGGUUUUCCAAAGUGGUUCGGAGGGAUAAGUUGCAGCUGGGGUGCUCCAACAUGAUUGUGUGGGUCAGGCGGAGUCUGCCCCCCACCUCCCACUUUAUAAAUGGCUGGGCAAGAACAGGCGGUCACGUCCGUUAGUGGCGCCCGCCGAAAGUUGUUGGCAUGUGUGGCACCGGGCGGAGGGGCUUCCUUCGCCACCCAAACCUUCCCCAGUAUCCUCGAUGCCCGUGCCAGCCCGCUUCCCCGCGCUGGGGAUGGAACCCAGGCGUCCGGGGUGGCUUCACCGGCCCCGCUGGAGAUUGUGCCGGGCGGGGAAACGCCCUGACGGGGCAGACAGCUAAGCGCUGCCUCGGCCGAGGAAGAGUUAAGGAGGAGGGGCGGCGGACGUGUCUCCCGCGCGUCGUCGGGCCGCGGGUGGAGGGGAGGAGGGUCACGGGACGGCUGCUGUCCAGGGGGAGAGAGGGAGGGCGGUGUUGGGAGACCGAGCGGGGCCCCCCGCAAGCCCAAAGGGGAUGGAUGAGCGAAGGACAGUUGUCCCUUAAGUUUCUUCCAACGGCAGUGAGCCCUGGACGCCUGAAGCGCCUCGGUUUCCAUUCGCUGAGCGCCGCUUUUCUCUUCCUGCUCGCUGCCGCUUGCUGCGCUUUCCCUUCCUGUUCCUUAUUGCAACUCGAUCUCGCCCCGGCGCUUUGCUUUGCGCGAGUUCGGCAUCGUUAAGCUCCGCGGGGCAGAGACCCAUCGCUUGCUGCGUCCCCUGGGCAUGGCGAGCAUAGGGAGCCAGACUUCAGUAAGCCGGGCUUCCCGGGUCCUCCCCUCCCCUUGAUGCCUGCAGGUUUGGAAAAGCGGCGAGGCAGAGGAGGAAAAGGCGCUUUGCAGUCCCAGGCAGGCUCCUGUCCCCGCGGCUGGCGGUUGUUCGACGGCCUUGGGGUGCCCGAAGCCUGGCUGCUUGCCUCUCCCUGCCCGCGCAGGGCCUUGGUUUUGGGUGCGGCUGAGCGUGUGCCUCGCUGGUCGCCUCCCCGGAGCGCGGGGUGCGCGCAUCACGGGUGACUCACCGUUCCCCGUCUCUGGGCACAGUGUGUGUGUGUCUGGCACGGUAAUUGGGAGUGUCUCUUUGCGGUUUGAAUUUACAGCAGUAGUUGCUAAACAGUUGCAAGCUUGUAGGACCAUGUGGCCCUGCUCCACCUCCCUAUGACAUAUACGGGAAAGGAUAGGUUCUCCCCACCCUUCUGAAUAGCUGUAUAUUUAUCCUCACUAGUUGUCCUGGGACUUAGUACAGCUUUUAUUUUUCUGAAAAUAGAGCUGAACUUGCACCACCCAUCACACGGCCUCUUGCUUUCAGAGGGGUUCUUCUCGCUGAAUUCUUGCUUCUCAUGCGGUUGUUCAAGGGGUACAAGUUUCUCCAGAAAAAUAAAAGCAACAACCCUCUUGCUCUCUCAUAAGUUGCCCACAAGAACUGCUUCCAAGUAAACCUGUUUUGGCAAUGUAAGCCAGACCAAAGAAGCUACGCAGCCUAUUUCAAUACCAGGGUUCAGCACUGGAGUAUGUGGAAGGGAUGAGAGUGUUUCUGAGCAUGAAGCGGGUAAUGGAGUCACACCCACACACCUGGGAUUAGGGGGGUGGGCACAAGGUCUUUCAGACCAGAGGUUGGCACUACCAGGCAGCUUUGCUCUGUAGCCCUUGGGGGUCUUAAAUUCCCCCCCUCAAAAAAAAUGCUUAUUAAAAAGCCUCUAGACAAAUCAUUGGGAGAAUAGGUCUAUUAACAGCAAGACAAGGAAGUAGAGCAUCCACCUUCAGUGGCAGUAAUGUCAGUGAAUACCAGGAGCUAGCUGGCAGGAACCCUGAGCAACAUACAGGGUAACGUUUUGCAUUGGGGAAAGGCUGUCACUCCGUGGUGGAGCAUCUGAUUUGCACGCAGAAGGCCCGAGUUCAACCCCUGGCAUCUACAGACACAGCAGGGAGAGAUCCUGAAGCCCUGGAGAGCUGCUGCCAGCCAGUGCAGGUGGUCAGAGGUCUGAUUCAGUUGAAAGCACCUUGCUACGUUUCUGUGCAAAUCCCACUUGUCUGUUCUUUACCUACCCCUGGAGAGUGACUUCUAAGAGUGGAGCAGGAUCCUCCCUUAGUCUUUUCAAAGAGGGAUAGGACAAUAUGGCUUCUGUCUCCAUUAUGGGUGUAGCCCUUUCUCUGCCAUCUGUGGCAGAGAAGUUGUUGCUCUCCCCCCUCCCUCUUUCACAAAUCUUUGCCACCUCCAUUAAUAAUUAACAGAAACCGUUUUUUCUCAUUCAGUUUUUCAGCCCUGAGAAUUGGAAGCAGAACCUGGACAUCUUGAGUCCUAAUACGAGUAUUUUACCUUCACAAACUGGAGGAUCUUAGGAAUGUAGAAAACUGCCUCAUGCAAAGUUUUGGUUGGUUCAAAAAGGAUGUGCUUUAGCCAGUUUUUUAGACGUCUUUGUUCUAAGGGCUUAAAGCACAGCUGCAACUUCCCUCCUUUUGCAUGAUUCCUUGUUUGCCUUGUUAUCCUCACAGCAACCGUGUGAGGUAGGGCUGAGGAGAGUGACUGGGCCAACUACUCUCACGGAGCUUCAUGGCUGAGUUGGGUUUAUAACUUGGGAUUUUGCAGUCUUAAUCCAACCCUCUGUAACCACAGCGCCACAUGAAUCCUGGAAACCAAACAGGAGAUUGCUAUUACUCAAACUCUGCAGGACCGAUAAUCUAUCUUUUAAUCUUAGAAGAGAGCAUGUUCUUUAAGGCUGCAGGGCUGGGUGUUGUAUCUGCGUGGGAAUGACAGAGGGUUUUCCUUUUUUCAAAAAAGCGGGGCCUAGGAAUAAAUAGCAGGUCCCAACAAGGCCCACAAGGAAGGUGAAGAGAACAAGGGAAGGAUUUAUGCUUGCCUGUGCUGUGCUACGCCCUGUGACUCCCAAGGGCUCUGGGUGCAGGUGCGAGUGCUGCCUUGCCUUGUUUUUAAAAUAGCAAGCAAAGACCACAUGUUCAUUGAGUCAGUUUCUCUUUAUCCAUUGGAAGCCACAGUGGCUCCCAUCUUUGUGGGAUAAACAAAACAACACUCUCUGUGUCUGCCCCAUUAAGGCCCAAAUACAGAAGAGAAUGUGGAUUUGUUCCAUAUCAAUUGAGGUGAAGUAAGUCCUACUGCUUAGUCUCCGUACAGUUGCUGUGUCAGAUUAGAACAUGGGUAGGCAAACUAAGGUCUGGGGGCCAGAUGCCCCCAAUCACCUUCUAAAUCCUGCCUGUGCAUGGUCUGGGAAUCAGCAUGUUUUUACUUGAGUAGAAUGUGUCCUUUUAUUUAACAUGCAUCUCUGGGUUAUUUGUGGGGCAAAGGAAUUUGUUCAUUUCCCCCCCCCAAAAAAAUAUAUAUAGUCUGGGCCCCCACAAGGUCUGAGGGACAGUGGACCGGCCCCCUGCUGAAAAAGUUUGCUGACCCCUGGAUUAGAAUCACGCUUUGCCUGUAUUAAGCCAGUGUAGUGUUUGGGGAUGAGGAACCUGGUGUGCUCUAGAUGUUGCAGGACUGCAUCUCCCAUCAUGUCUGAAGGUGGCCCCUGUUGGCUGGGGCUGAUGGGAGUCAGAGUCCAGCACUGCUUGGAGGGCUAGUUGAGAAGUUGGAAUAAUGUAGCAGCCUAAUGUCACCUAAAACCUGCUCCUGUUUCACUGGAGAUGCCAGGCAUUCAACAGGGGAGAUUUGCAUGCCAAACAGAUACUCUACCAUUGACCGGUCCUAUGGCCAAUCAUAGCAUUGUAGAAUUGUAGAGUUGGAAAGGGACCAUGAGGGUCAUCUAGUUCAACCUCCAAUCUUUGGCCCAACUUGGGGCUUAAACCCAGGGCCCUGGUCUCCCAACUGAGCUACCCCUUCUUAUAUAUCAGGUUCCCCAUCUCUGAUAUAGCCUGGCAAAGGAAAACUAUUAUUUUAGGCCGCUCAACCCAUUCUUUACUUUUACCCAGUCUUUUGUCGACAGUGUCUUCUGAGUGUAUUCCUUGCCAUGCUAUAUAGGUGACACACAUUCAAGGAUGGUUCUGAGACAGUGUGCAAGGCUGUCAUUUGGGAAUCAAGGGGAAAUUGCUCCUGCUCAAGGUUGCAGGUAGGCGAUUUCUGACUCCGGUCUUAGAGUUCCUCCAGACUUCCUUUUGCUCUGUGCUUUCCAGACACAAGUCCAUACUUUAAAGCUCUGCAGCCAAGCAAGGUUUUGUUUUUGUUUUUUUGUUUGUCCGAGCGCUUUCCCCAGGAAAACCUAUGUUUUACUGCUGAAUUGGAGCAAAUGGCAAGGUGCGGAAAACACACAUCUCUCCAACAUCUUUCAGUCAUGUUUUGGGAGUGGGGGGGAAAUUCCAACCAGCUUUACUAAGGACCAGUGAAACAGCAAAACAGUGAAUGAAAGAUAGUUCACUGUUCCAUAGAAAUAUCGCUCAGGUCUUAUGUUAAAAGGGGAGGGGGGAGGGAAAGAGUGAAGGAAAAUACAUUGCUGGUAGAAUAAAUGUGAGAACCCCUGUCUGCAAAUAUCCACCAACUAAUGUGGAUCAGCAGUAGCUAUUAUUAUACGUUACAGGAAAGUAGAUUCUGUUAUUAACAGAAGUUACAUUAUACAUUACACUGUAUUUUUCAUCGUUUUGAGACUUGUGGGUUGAAUUAGGUUAGUUAGUUAGAACAAGACACACUCUCCCUUUUGGAAAAUGUACAAGCAUGUAGUUAAUUCAGUUAGCAUUCAUUGGAACUAAUGGGUUCCUUGUAAUGCUGAGAGCAAGUAUGAAGAUAUUUGGCUGGUUCUUGGCCUACGAAAGCUGAAUUAAAAAUCACAGUAGGGAUGGAAUCCACAGAAGCCAAAUUGGGUAGUAUAGCUUAGUAGUUGGAGGGCCUGUAGUCUCCCCCCACCCACUGACACAUUUCUAUUGUUUAAGCUAAAUGCCCAGUCCUGUGAUUCCCCUCCUCCUGUCAGGUAACUAAAUUCAGAAUUACCCAAAGUAGAUAAAUAAAUGCAGGCAGCAGCAUUGAUUCACUAGGGGUGGGUGGGGAGAACACUUUUAAAUAUCACAAAACUUCUGUUAGGACUAACUAAAAACCACACUAGUGUUUGAAUGUCACAGUCUCUGAUAGGGUUUGGGUUUGCUUUGGGGUUUUUUAAACCAGCCCACGCAUCAGUAUUUGAAAGCAGCUCAAUGCACAGGAGAUAAUGGCGACUGCCACUCGUUCACAAGCUUCACUUGCUUAUAUCUAUGCAACAAGCAGUGGUUGGUUGGCCUCAUCUGCUCAAGAGCUUAUAUCCGUUUCUGCACAGUUGGCAAGAUAAAUUCAGUUAUCUGUUCCAAGCCCUUUUAAAAACCCAUUUCCCUCUCAACUUUGCCCAUGUAACAGCUCUGUAUCCCAUGCCUGGGGUGGAGGACGUAUGCUUAAUUCCUUUCCAUGUGUUAUGGGAAAAUUCAACAUAUCCCACCUUUUUGCUGUAAUUACAAUGAUUUGGCACAUACAGGGGUUCCCUGGUGCUCAUAGUACCUCCCAUACAUUAGCUUGAUAGUAAUCCAACUGCUCCUGCAAGGUAGGGCACCCCCGCUAUGCUCAUCUUGCGGGUGAGAGCGGUUUGGUGCCCUAAGGCAACCUGGUGAGUUCAUGGCUCAGGGGGUGUUUUUAAACUGGGGACGGUCCCAGCUUGCAUUCUUGGUUCAGCUGUCAGCAUGUUUUCUGCCCUUGGCUGCUAUCUGCUUAUUUCCCGCUUGGACUACUGCAAUGCGCUUUACGUGGGGCUACCUUUGAAGAUGACGCGGAAACUACAACUAAUCCAGAAUGCGGCAGCUAGACUGGUGACUGGGAGCAGCCGCUGAGACCACAUAACGUAGGUCUUGAAAGACCUACAUUGGCUCCCAGUACGUUUCCAGGCACAAUUCAAAGUGUUGGUGCUGACCUUUAAAGCCCUAAACAGCCUCGGUCCAGUAUAUCUGAAGGAGCGUCUCCACCCCCAUCGCUCUACCUGGACACUGAGGUCCAGCACUGAGGGCCUUCUGGCGGUUCCCUCACUGUGAGAAGCCAAGUUACAGAGAACCAGGCAGAGGGCCUUCUUGGUAGUGGCACCCGCCCUGUGGAACGCCCUCCCACCAGAUGUCAAAGAGAAAAACAACUACCAGACUUUUAGAAGACAUCUGAAGGCAGCCCUGUUUAGGGAAGCUUUUAAUGUUUGAUGCAUUACUGUAUUUUAAUAUUUUGUUGAAAGCCACCCAGAGUGGCUGGGGAAGCCCAGCCAGAUGGGCGGGGUAUAAAUAAUAAAUUACUGUAGUAUUAUUAGUAUUAGUAUUAGUAUUAUCCUUCUCCAGCUCUAUCUUGUGCCUUUCCUUUGAUUCUGCCACCCCCUAUAUUAGAAGUUCUUUCUGUGCUUCUGCUUUUAACUCUUUGGCAUUCCUCUUGGGCUCUUCCCGUGGCAAUUCUCUCCCCGCUCUUUAUUUCUGGCCUGCGAAAGUGGAGGCCUGUUCCUUUAUGUUUUUAUUCUGGACCUUGGCAUACUUGGCAGGAGGCUCCUAGUUUGUUUAGCUGUUGCCCCAGUGAUUCCCUUCUCUCUCUCUCUCACACACACACACACACACACACACACACACAGCUUCCGCCUGGCGCACUGGCAACCCCAGUGUGCUGACGAACAGAUUGGCCCUUUGUUUCCAAGGUCCACAACUGGAAUGUCUAGCUGUAAUUGUGUCUACCGGUUGCCACAGCUGGAACAUCUCCUGCAAGCGCUCUUCCUUCGUUGGAGGAGAAGCCCUGUGCCUUCAGACAUCUCUGGAGAAUGCAUUCCUAGGAAACCCAUGUUAAAUCCCUGGCAUAUUUAGCUUAAAAACGUAUUAGGUAGCAAGGCUGGGUGGUGGGUGGCGGGCAGGGAGACCCAUGCUUGAGAACUGGGGAGGUAGAGACUCUGCCAUCUAUAUAUAGAGAGCACAAGUGAGUGAGACUCGAGGCCAAGGCAUGCUUAUUUUUCUCUCCAAGAUCUGCCCGUAAAUAGAAUUCGAGUCCUUCAGGCUCUGGCAGGUUAAUUUGCCACAAAGCAGAAGGAAAACCCCUUGCCCCAACAGUCCCCACCACACCCAGAUAUCCUUUGGGGUGGCCCCCUUUUAAAAUAUAUAUAUAUAUAUUAGCAAUUUCAACAUAACAAAGUAUCAAAACAUAUCAUAUUCUUUAUUUUUCCCCUUUCCCCCCACCUCCAUCAAACCCUCCCUCCCUCCCCCAGAGACUUCCCUCAGCUCCUCUCUCUGAUUUCUCAGCACAUAUUACUCUCUGCAUGUUAAAAAAUUAUACAUAUCCUUACAUUAUCUAUCUGCCAUGUUAUCAACCAAUAAAUCUGUGUAUGUUUAUUCAAAACCUGCCAAGGAGUUCAAUUCAUUCUGUUGUGUUUUUAGAUAAUUUGUAAAAAGCUCCCAUUCUUCCUUAAAGUCACAGUUGUCCUUGUCCCGCAGUUUGUAUGUCAGUUUAGCCAACUCUGCAAAGCUCAUCAAUUUUUCUUGCCACGGGGUGUCCCUCUUGAUACAUUGACGUAUGAAAAUAAAUGGCUGCUAGAUUAUGUUACCAAGCUAGAAAACUUUUUCAUCUUACAUGCAGCAUAAUGUCACUUUGUAGCUUGCAUUUGAUAUGUGUGUAUGUUUGUGUGUACACACAGACAUACUGCCAGCUACUUGGAAUGGAAGCAAAUACAAAUCUCUGGUUUUUGGUUUUGGGGCUGGAAAUCCACUAAGCUGUUAAUUUAUCCUGGCGCCCAACAUGCUGGUUUUGCGCAGAGAAGCAAGGCCAGGUAGGGCCUGAGAGUGAGAAAUCUAGUGUGCGUCCAAGCCACGCUUUUGAAAGUCAGCCUUCAGCAAUCUCUAAAGGCCCUCAUCCCUUUCAUGGGCUGUGAAAGUAGCUUCAUGAAUCAAAUUCUUGGCAAGGAAAACAGGCCCUGAUGCCAUCGUGCACAACUCACUGACUCAGAGUUUCCCACCAAUUUCCUUGGUUCGUCCACCUUCCUUCCAAGAUUGGUUCAGUUCCACCAAAGCCAAUCUAAGUGAAAUUGUGGGGAAAUUCUUUCUGAAAGGCUGGAACAUCUGGUCAAUGGAGCAUGGUCGCUUUCGGAGACAGAAGUUUGGCAGACUGGACCAAACAUCUCCCAUGUAGGGAAACCUGAGGUUAGGCUAAACUAGUUUAAAACGCAGGUGAGGAUUAUAGCUGAAUGCUUCUUUGUCAAAAGCAUCUAGGUUGUGCAGUGCUAGCAUACUGGGGCAGGCGGAGAUGUACCCAAUGUGCUGGAGUAUUUACAAAGAAAAGAUCUGAGCAUAUCAGACCACCCUGAUCAGUAGGGCAAGCCCAAGACAUUUUGGCACCUGAGGCGAACUGUAAAAUGGCGCCCUCCACAGGGAAGAAGGGGUGAGUGAAGAUCUAUAUCGGGAACAAGGAUGGAAGGAGACCAGCAGCACCUCCAAUUUGCCAAGAGGCCACUACAGUGGUACCUCGGGUUACAGACGCUUCAGGUUACAGACUCCGCUAACCCAGAAAUAGUACCUUGGGUUAAGAACUUUGCUUCAGGACCUGCCAAGGAAACUGAAGAACAUUUUCAUGUAUGUGACAACAGCAGCAAGAGUCUUAAUAGCACAAGGAUGGAAGAAUGAAGAAAUCCCGACCAAAGAACUGUGACAAGAGAAACUGAUGGAUUAUGUGGAACUGGCGAAAUUGACACACAAAUUGCAUGAUAAGGACAACUGUGACUUUAAAGAAGAAUGGGAACCUUUUACAAAGUAUUUAAAGAAACAACAAAAUGAACUGGACUCCUUGGCAGGUUUUGAAUAAAUAUACACAAAUUUAUUAUUGAUAACAUAUAGACAGAUAAAUUAAGGAUCUUUACAAUUUUAUAAUAUGCAGAGAAUAACAUGUGCUGAAAAAAACAGAGAGGAGCUGAGGGAAGUCUGGGGGUGGUGGGUUUUUCUUUUGGGGAGGGGAGAAGGAAAAUUGGGGGGAAUGAUGAUGACAUGGUUUUGAUAAAUUGUUAUGUUGAAAUUUCUAAUAAAAAUAUUUUUUUAAAAAGAAAGAACUUUGCUUCAGGAUGAGAACACAAAUCGUGCUCCGGCGGUGCAGCAGUAGCAGCGGGAGGCCCCAUUAGCUAAAGUGGUACCUCAGGUUAAUAACAGUUUCAGGUUAAGAACGGACCUCCAGAACGAAUUAAGUUCUUAACCCGAGGUACCACUGUAUAGAGGUGGCAGCCAAGGAGCGGGCAGAUCCAGCCUUGCAGAAGUAUGCUGCAGCCAUUGCUGCCACUGCAAGAGCAUCAGUGGGCGGGGCAUUCCUUGGAGGCUGGAUCUGCUGUCCCUGUCGAUUCUGCUGCCUGCGGCGGCUGCCUCACCUUGCCUCAUGGGUGGAGCAGCCCUGUUGCCCAGGCAUUCCAAGUGGCACAGUCCCAAGAAGGCUGCUAAGCAUUUUUCAUUUCUUUGUUUUCACACCAGAAUUAUUAACAGUUUUAUACUGAGUCUCAGCUAAUCCUGCAACAAUCCUGGUAAUACCUGACCAGAUAUCAGAGAAAUAAAUUGUCUACUGCAACUAUAUACCAAUAUAUUAUUAUUGUUAUUGUUGUUGUGGUGGUGGUGGUGGUGGUUAUUAAUACCCUGUCCAUCUGGCUGGUUGCCCCAGCCACUCUGAGCAACUUCCAACACAUACAAAAGCAUCAAACAUUAAUUGUAACAAUCUGAUCCAAUAUAAAAAGUCACAAUAACUUUAAAUUAUAUCAAACAAAGCAACAUUCAACAAUCCAUCAGAAUCUAACAGAAAACAGUAAAAUUAAACAUCAGCAAAUAAUAAUUACAGUGGUACCUUUGCAUGCGAACAAGAUCUGUUCCGGAGCCCCGUUCACAUCCUGAAGCGAACGCAAUCUGCGUUUGUGCAUCUGCACGUGUACGGGUCGUGAUUCACUGCUUCCGCGCAUGCACAUGAUGCCAUUUUGAGUGUCUGUGCAUGCGCAAGCGGCGAAACACGGAAGUAAUGUGCUCCGUUAGUUCCGGGUUGCCGCAGAGCGCAACCCGAAAACACUCAACCCGAAGCUACUUCAACCCGAGGUAUGACUGUAAACAGUUUACACUUAUCAACCACAAGAAGGAAUUACCAAUCUAUAAUCAAUAAAAACAAUAGCAAAUCGCAGUGCAUAAAAUACCAUGAAACAUACAAAACCAUGUAAAAAAAUCAAAUUGAGAAACAAGGACACACAACUUAUAAAACUAUUUUUUUAAAAAAAUACCCCUGAACUCCUCUCUUCCCAGCGGCUGGUCUGGGAAAGGCUUCCAGGGCUGGAAUAUGUGGCAAGGCAGGUGGAAAUGGCAUUGCCUGAUGAGGAGGAAGAAAGUCUUUCUCCCCUCAUAAAAUGAUAUGCCAUUAUAUUACCCGUUUACAACAACUAACUAGGGCUGGGCGAUAUCCGGUUUUCAACAUUGUGAUAUAUCACCAUCUUAACAUUAUGAUAUAUUGAUCUAUGCCACUGCGCAAGCAGAAAUGCUCAUGCUGAGAGAACAAUCUCCUGAGCACGAUGUUGAAUUCCACCCACAGGCUCCAUCGGUGGAGGGAGAAUAUAGCCGUUGUGGCUGCUAGCUGAGAAGUAAUAGCACUAGGGCUACGGCAAAGGGAAAUAUCUGCCUGCCUAGCUAACAAGGGCUGUUGAUAUGUUUUUAGGCACCAGGCAAAAUUAUUUCUCUUUAAUCAGGCCUUUGGCUGAUUCUAUGUCCUUUUAAAAGGAGGGAACAUUACUGGUUUGGCUUUGUUCUUGCUUUUAUUAUGUAUUUUGUGUUCUCAUUUUGUAUUUUUAUGUUGUGAACCACACUGCGAUCUUCAACGGGCAGUAUAUAUUAUAAUUUAAUAAUAAUAAUAAUAAUAGUAGUAGUAGUAGUAGUAGUAGUAGUAGUAAUGUGUGCUCUACUGAGCAGGCCAUGAGAUCAUUUGGAGUUCCUGUUCCUAAAGUGCCCUGAACCUCUUGCUGUAACAGAUAAUUUUCAGUCCCAGGGUUUCACUUCUGAACCCCAACCUACAGUAUUAGCUCUUUGAAAAAUGCUUCAUUUAUGAUUACUAUUAAGUCUAUUAUUUGUAGCCCACCCACCUGACUGCCAGUUCUUCUCUCGGAGCUUGUCUUCCCCGCUCCUUUUCAUGAGUUCUGCCCUUUGACAGAUCUUUUUCUCCUUUCUCUGCCAGAUUGCGUGCAUCCUCAUCCUGAUCUGUUAUGGGGCCUCCGUGACACCAGGCUACUCGGGUUUAGCCUGCUUCAUGCUCAUUUAUGGCAUUGUCAUCUUCAUCUUCUUCAUGUGUAACUUGCACCACCAGAUCACUUUCAUCCACUGGGGAUGGACGGUAAGGCUUCUCUUCUGCCCCUGGCACUGGGGUGGGGCAGGGCAUUCGCACAGCAUGCCCAAAGGGCCUGGGAAUGUGGGGCCCACAUCACUUUACAGGAGCCUUCCCCACCUGGAACUACAACUUCCAUCACCCCCAGUCAGCAGGCCCAAAUCAUCUGGAUUGCAGGCAAGAGGGGGACAGAUUAGAUUGUGGUUCAGUGGGGGAGAGCAGCUUGCAUGCGUCUGUUGCUUAAAAGUAUAGGCCAGGCAUAGGUAAACUCGGCCCUCCAGAUGUUUUGGGACUACAACUCCCAUCAUCCCUGACCAUUGGUCUUGUUAGCUAGGGAUGAUGGGAGUUGUAGUCCCAAAACAUCUGGAGGGCCGAGUUUGCCUAUGCCUGGUAUAGGCUUUGUCCCUGCCCUGCUCCUUCCUCCAGUGUGCUGGGGAGGAAACAAACCAGAGGCUGUCUUCAGGUUGCUUGUCAACCAGCACUCACGGGCUGUCCCCCCAAACUCAAGAACAACACUUUGCACACCAAUAUGAAAUCAUUCUGCAGUUUGUCCCCCACCCCACGCAGACUGGCUGAGGACAGGGAGUGACCAUGAUCCGAGCACUGCGCGCUGAAACUGCUUAAACCAUGGGUAGGCAAACUAAGGCCCAGGGACCGAAUCCGGCCCAAUCGCCUUCUAAAUCUGGCCCGCAGACGGUCCGGGAAUCAGCGUGUUUUCACAGCAGUAGAAUGUGUCCUUUUAUUUAAAAUGCAUCUCUGUGUUAUUUGUGGAGCAUAGGAAUUCGUUCAUUUCGCCCCCAAAAAUAUAGUCCAGCCCCCCACAAGGUCUGAGGGGCAGUGGACUGGCCCCCUGCUGAAAAGGUUUGCUGACCCCUGGCUUAAAGCGUGGGGUGGGGAGGUUUUCCUUGCGGACAACCAUGGGCAUAGCCAGGAUUUUUGUUGAGGGGGAGGACCUCGUUAGGGGGGCAGAACCAAUGUGAUUGGUCAAUUAGUUAAGUAUUUCUAUUGUUUUACUUGAUCUGGGGGAGGGCAGCUGGGCUACGCCCAUGUGGACAACCCUUCUGGGUGUAGCUUGGCUAGUGGCAGUCAGGGCGAAAGAGGUGACUUGUAGAGUCGGCUUCGUUCCAGCCAUGCAAGCUUCUGAGGUUUCUACGCACCAGCUCCCCAUCUCCACCCAGGCAAGCAACAGAUGUUGUUGUGGUUCACGGACACUUCCCAAUGCCGGACUAAGCCCUGUGGAGGCCCCUAGGAAAGCAAAAUCCUGCCCUCGUGCAGGCACUCUGGUGGGAUGACACUGAACUAAGAAAGAUUGGUUGUACAUUUCCUUCAAGAUCAAAUCAAUAUUAUUUUCACCCAUUGUCACGGUGCCCCUAAAAGGCAUGGGACCCAUAGAGUGGUGCCUAAUCAACCUAUUUAGUAAUCUGGUACUGACACUUUCCUACUAGCUGAGGAGAGUGUGGAGCAGGACCAGUGAGGGAGGUGGUCUGGGCAUGGACUGGAACGUUGAUCGAGGGACAGGCAAAGUCCUGGAGAACGGCAUUGAGCCCCCAGACCUGAGGAUUCCCACCCCGGUUUAAAGCAAUGAGCAAACUGGGGCACUGUGUCUAUCUGUGCUAAGGGUUCUCCACUGAAACAAACCAAAUUCUGCAUUUUAAAAUAUCCUGCCUACAUUGUGCUGAGUAGAACAGGGGAUGGCGACGUCCUGGCAACCCGUACAAUGUGUUUGUAUGUUCUUUACUUAGCUAUUAGGGAUGUGGGUGGUGCUGUGGUCUAAACCACUGAGCCCCUUGGGCUUGCCAAUCGGAAGGUUGGCAGUUUGAAUCCACGCAACAGGGUGAGCUCCCAUUGCUCUGUCUCAGCUUCUGCCAACCUAGCAGUUCAAAAGCAUACCAGUGCUAGUAAAUAAAUAGGUACCACUGCAGCAGGAAGUUAAACGGCGUUUCCGUGCGCUCUGGUUUCUGUCACGGUGUCCCAUUGCGCCAGAAGCAGUUUAGUCAUGCUGGCCAAGGAAAGCUGUAUGCGGACAAACGCCGGCUCCCUUGGCCUGAAAGCGAGAUGAGCGCCACAACUCCAUAGUCUCCUUUGACUGGACUUAACCAUCCAGGGGUCCUUUACCCUUUUACCUUUAUAAUUCACUAUUUAAAAAAAGCAAGGACCCUGUCCUCGUUUCUGUCGGACCACCUUAAGUCUCAAAAAACACACCAUCUACGUUGAAGUUAUGGUGGUAUUAAAAAUAUGUGUCAAUGAUUAGCUCAGAGGUAGGUGGUUGGCUCAGCUAAUCCUGCUUUAACUUCUUUGACAACCCUAGUUCCAGUAUUAACUUUUUUCUCCCUUUCUGUUGCCUCCUUUUAGGAUUUCAUAAGGGCUCUCAUUGGGGCUGUUGCUUUCCUCAUCACGUCCCUUAUCGUUCUCAUAGGACACAGAGAUGGAGCUGGCAUUGCAGCUGCGGUACAUAAAAGCUAACAAAAAUUCAUGGAGGGCAGGGAAAGGACGCUGGAGUGCUGAUUUGGCCAGCAGCGGGAAUAUGUAGGAAUGUUGCUGUGAACGGGGAGACACGUGGCACAUUUAGGCUUUGCUAGUUGGAGAACUGGACCUAAUGGUCAGGGGUCCCUUUACCUUAGAGGAACGUGGGUGGCGCUGUGGGUUAAACCACAGAGCCUAGGACUUGCCGAUCAGAAGGUUGGUGGUUUGAAUCCCCGUGACGGGGUGAGCUCCCAUUGCUCGGUCCCUGCUCCUGCCAACUUAGCAGUUUGAAAGCACGUCAAAGUGCAAGUAGAUAAAUAGGUACUGCUCCAGCGGGAAGGUAAACGGUAUUUCCAUGCGCUGCUCUGGUUCGCCAGAAGCAGCUUAGUCAUGCUGGCCACAUGACCCGGAAGCUGUACGCCGGCUCCCUUGGCCAAUAAAGCUAGAUGAGCGUCGCAACCCCGGAGUCGGCCACGACUGGACCUAAUGGUCAGGGGUCCCUUUACCUUUACCUUUACUUUCAAGCCAUGCUGAUUUUUUGGUGAGAAUGCGCUUUAAAUCACUCCCACUUGAACUCAGUGGGACUUCAGAGAGCUUAACUUUGUCCAGCUCAUGCCCCAAAUAAAUGCACAGUCAGUGCAACCGAAUCAAAAUUGCCAUGCCUCUCGGCGCAAGUAGCUACUUUAAUUUAGAAGAGGCAAAAUGAAGCUUGACAACCCAAAUAGAGGAAUAAAUGGGACUAUUCUACCAAAAGCAACUACCAAUAAUAAUAUAAAAAGCCCACUUCCUACCUCGAGUACAACUGCAGAAAUGUACUCUUAAAAGCAGAUGGAGGCCCAUACUAAACUUCCACUUCCUUCCGACAGGUGAUUGGAAUGCUGACAGGAAUCCUUUUUGGCUACGAUGCCUACACCAUCUUACCAACCCUCAGGAAAUCACAUGCAGCAGCUCCCACUGGUAGGUCUUCUCUGUGCAAGGAAGAGUGUGAUCCUGUGGCAAUUGGCGGCUCUUAGAUGGCUUUUGCUUGGUGCAUCAGUAAUCAGCCAGACAGACAGACAGACAUAAGAGAACUUGCUAGCUAGUACACACACACGGUUGAAGGGUUUGCAUGCUGAACAAGCCCAACUCUGUUUCGUUUCAUUUGCAAGCCUCAGCCUUCCUCACUCAAGGCCCCGGCUGAGUUACCAUUCAAGUUCUAACUGCUCAGAAGCUGGGUGUCCUUUCGUGUUUACUCUGCAUCCAAUUCAUUCCCAUUGCCAGCGUGGUUGGUUGUGAGUACCAUAAACACUGUGCUUUGAUAUGUUUCCCUAGCAGGGGCACCAUGUAGAAGGGGCUGAGGGGGCCUCAAAUUUUCAAGGAGGUGACCAGGUCCCCUCAAUAUUACACAGCCUACCCAUGGCAGGUAUGGGCCCAUCAGGCCUCCCCACAGCUGGAGCUUCCCUUUUAAAAUGCAGUGGUACUUUGGGUUACAGAUGCUUCAGGUUAUAGACUCCACUAACCCAGAAAUAGUACCUCGGGUUAAGAACUUUGCUUCAGGAUGAGAACAGAAAUCGCGCGGCGGCAGUGGGAGGCCCCAUUAGCUAAAGUGGUACCUCAGGUUAAGAACAGACCUCUGGAACGAAUUAAGUUCUGUAGCAGUUUGACACCAGAGCAAAUUUCUCUCCACUUUUACUGUGUGAGGUGAUGUCCAUGCUUGCAGACCUUCAAAUUGUAGUUGUGAUGGAUUUGGGAUUAGAACAUGCAGUGAAACCAGAUGAUGGAGAAGCAGGAUGGACAAGUCAGGCAAGGAAGAGAAGCGGGAACAUUGUGAAACAGCAGCCAGGUCCUAUUCAACAGUCCAGGAAAAAGGGAAGCUUUGCAAGUUGAUCUUGUGAUUUUGCAAGUCACACUGACUAAUGUUUUUGCUGCGUACACCACUUGUCUAAUCUCCAAUGUUGAAGGUUCACGGUUCCACUUGGGGGGCAGGAGCUAUGUUUUGUAUGGUAUUACAGACAUAGUGACUAAGCCCCUCUUCUGCACUGCAAGGUGCAGUCAUUUGUAGGUCGAUUAAUGCACCACUCACUUGACGGUGCCUUGUCUGUGUUUCUGCGACGGUUGUUCGUUUGUUGUUGUUGUCUCGCCCAGUCUACCAGAUGUUUAUAUACAGCCUUAGAAAUUAGCACAUUUUGCACCUGGCUUUCGACCAAGUGAAGAUGCCUGGAUUCCAGGAUGGUGUCUGACAUUUCCACCACCUGGAGAUGCAUGCCUGGAGAUCCUUGGAUCUGGACUGUUUUCACACACUAAUACCCCAUCCUGUCAUAUUCUAUCCAUUAUAUUUUAUCUGCCCAAUUGGAAUGAAUUUCUGGAACCAAAAUGCUUUUUCAAUGCAAUCUGAGCAGGAGCAGUCACAGAGGUCAGAAUAGGCCAAUAUCAAUGUGGACUGUCGCUGGAUCAAGUGACUUUUCUUCUUUAAGUUCUCAAAACUCUUAACUGAGCUCAAGGUUGUCCUCUGAACUACUCAGAUGUUUAACUGUGAACCAAUCCCAGUCAGUCCCACCAUUUGAAAAAUAAGACUUUAAAGCUGUCUUGCCCCAAAAUGGCAACUAGACAUUCCGUUUUGACGAUUGUAACCUUGGUUUAGGGCAGGCACCCCCAAACUCGGCCCUCCAUAUGUUUUCGGACUACAAUUCCCAUCAUCCCUGACCACUGGUCCUGUUAGCUAGGGAUGAUGGGAGUUUAGUCCCAAAACAUCUGGAGGGUUGAGUUUGGGGGUGCCUGGUUUAGGGAGACAUUUGGCCCCUAGCUUAUAUAUCUGAGUUUCUAACACUGGCUUAUAUACUAAAGCCAUUCCCAGAAGACCCCCAUCUCCUUAAGUGUAACUAGAUAUACUCAAAGCACUUGACCAAAUUGAAUGGUCAUUUGUGUUAAAGAUACUGGAGGUACUGAGUGCGAAGAAUCACUUUCUUCAUGUAGCAAGCAUGUAAGUCAGUGGUAUGGUGUCUGCCUCUUAUGCCCUCCAGAGAGGACUGCCAUCUCACUUCUUCUCAGUAUUAGUGAUAGAGCUAUUUUAUCUUAUAUUAUUUUCUGCCGAUUUUGUUGUUCCUUGUUCUUUGUCAUUACUUGUUACAUUGAAAACAUGAUGAUUUUGGCAUUUCUCUGCUCCUUUACAGGUCCUUCAGAUGGGAUCUGA